UCACUAACGUCAAACGUGUGGCGCCCUCUGUUUCUCUAUCGCGAUCCGUCAAACAAGACGGACGUUUGUCGUGCUACUUUUCCAAAGAAUUUCGUAAUUUUUCAUCCCAACUAAAGUUCCCGUGCAAAUACAUCCGAAAUGCCGAAAAAUAAAGGUAAAGGAGGUAAAAAUCGUAGGAGAGGAAAGAAUGAGAACGAAACAGAAAAGCGUGAAUUGAUUUUCAAAGAAGAUGGUCAAGAGUAUGCACAAGUAGCUAAAAUGCUGGGCAACGGUAGGCUGGAGGCCAUGUGCUUUGAUGGUGUCAAACGUUUGUGCCAUAUCAGAGGGAAACUUAGGAAAAAGGUUUGGAUCAAUCAAGGGGACAUCAUCCUAAUAGGUCUAAGAGAUUACCAAGAUGCCAAAGCUGAUGUUAUUCUUAAAUACACCCCAGACGAAGCGCGUAACUUGAAAACCUAUGGAGAAUUUCCAGAAUCCGUUAAGAUUAGUGAUUAUGUCACUUUUGUUGAGAACGAUCUGGACGAGGAUAUUGAAUUCGGUGAUGAUUAUAGCUCAGGAGAUGAAGCAGAUCCUGUCGAUGGUAUCUGAUGUGAAGAUUUAGAUAAUAUACACAAGACAUCUUUUUAAAAUUUAGUUUUCUUUCUCAUAUUUAAAGUUACACCAAUCACAAGCCGGUUUGGUGCUUCGACUUGAGAGAAGAAUUAACUGCUGUUGCUCAUAAAAAGAAACAAGGAACACAUCAACCAGAUGUUCUCUGUUUUUCUCUCAAGUUGCAGUUUUUUUUUUUGUUGACCCAAUAUAACAUAGUUAGAAAUAAAUUAUCGUUACUCUCUCCCUGACCUGUGUAUUAUAGUUCAGUUUAUAUAAAUGAUUUUUAAGCUCGGAUAUUUAAAUAACUUUUAUUUUUCUAAGUUAAGGAUAUUUAUACUUGUCUUAUUCAGUUAUUUUGCAAUAUUAUGCUGUAGGAUUUGCUAUGGCCCUAAAUUUUCUGGUUAUAAAAUUUGUAAUAUCAAGUAGCUUUUGAUUGUUUUAUAUAUAUUUUUUUGUUUGUUUGGAAAAUAUAGAAGAAAUGUGUAAAAGUA